AUGCCCAACCGUCAACGCCAUAAUCAGAUCCCCGCCUUUAUUUGUUUCCGCAAAGAUGAAGAAGAUGUCCCGGACGUGGUCUAUGUGGACCCAGUUUUCACACCACGAGCUGCCAGAACUCACUCCGCCAGUGUUGUCCUGCCUGUGGAAGGGCUACCAGAAGCCUACACCACAAGAAGAAGUUCCCACACUGGAGUGGUUCGACCUCCCACCUACGGCUUUGCAAGUCUUCGUCCUGGGGACACGCCUUUGCGCCGAUGGCAAAGCAACGAGUCAUCCUCCUCAUCCUCCAACAAGCAACAAACAUUGUCUUCUUCCCCUCCUUGUAUCCCUCGGCGACAAAAGUCAUUCUAUACAAGCAACGUCGCACCAAGCCGAAAGGGUGUCUAA